UCACACUAAUGGUGUGACACACCUCACACUAAUGGUGUGACACACCUCACACUAAUGGUGUGACACGCCUCACUAAUGGUGUGACACGCCUCACAUUAAUGGUGACAAUCUCCCUGACGAUAGCACCAAAGUCGAAUACGGUCGAAGACCUAAGAAUAGUUUGAACUGUCGACGUUGUGGAUAUUCUUUAGCAAACCCAAUCCUUGCCAGUCUAUACUAACCUAACAAAACAAAAUUAGGAGAUGUUUUGUAGUAUGUAUGAGGUGUGUGAUAUCACUAUGAUGUCAUCAUUUUAAUGCCAGCUUAGGUUUUGGAUCUGUGUGACUGCUGCCUCAGUCACACUGAUAGUGACUAUCUCCCUCACUGGCUCUCACUGAUAGUUGCACUCACCCUCACUGUGCUCUUAAUUGAUAGUGGCACUCUUGCUCACUGGCUACUCUCCCUCACUGGCACCUCACACUGGUAAUGACAAUUUAACUCGCUGACACCUCAUACUUACAGUACUGCAUGAGCCUGGGUGAAUUUGUUCUGUAUAUGUUGUGUGAGGAGCACAUGCUCCUCACACAAUUUCGUAUUUAUUUUUUCUUAUUUUUCUCUUCAUUCCUUAUUUAUUAUAAGGAAUACAGUAUAGAUGUAAUAGAACCCAUGAGCACUACACCAGAAAUAAAUCUAUUUGAUAUUCCUGGAGUCAGACUAAAUCUCUGCAAACACUUUAUGCAAAUAAAAGGACUAAGUCAUGGAACUCACUGCACAAUGAAUUAAAAAAUUUAUCAGCCUAUACUUUAUUCAAGCGUAAAAGUACCUAAUUUCAUCCUCAUGGUUCCCACCUUAUGCUACUAACACUAUAUUUUAUCUGUGAACUGUAACACAAUGUAAUAAAACUAAUAAAAAAGAAUAGGGGUGGUAUAUAGGUGCUACUCACUCAACCAAUUUAUUACUUAAGACACGCAACUAAAUCGGUAUUAUCUAUUCAAUCCUUUUGUAAUGUAGUUAUUACGUUGAACUAAAAUUCUGUUACAAUGUACCAAUUAUUACUUUUAUUGGUUAGCUUAAGGACCUGCUGAAAACAGUGGGCAUCCUUUGGGCAAGAAUGUAGCAUUCAAACCCCAAUAUAUGUACUUUCAAUUAUAAAUAGAUACCCAGGAGUUAGGCAACUGUUGUGGGUUGCAUCCUGGGGAAGGCCAUCAGUUGUUGAUCUAUGGGGAUCUGACUCCUAACAGACUUCCUGUUCCUGACUAUGGGAAACAAUAAGGAUGGCAGCAAUGAAUGAUGAAAUACUGUCACUCAAGUGGAAUAAUCACCGUACAACAUUUCUCCAUGUACUCUCCAAUGUCAGACUAAAGGAAUCGUAUUCGGAUGCAACAAUCACAUGUGAAGGAAAGUUCUACCCAAUUCACAAGUUAGUCGUGUCAUCAUGUAGUGAUUAUUUUGAUAAAAUAUUUCAAGCAACACAGUGCAAGCAUCCUGUUAUUGUCAUGAAGGACAUCAGACAUGAUGAUAUGGAGGCUCUGUUGAACUACAUGUACCUUGGUGAAGUGAAGGUGUUACAGAGGGACUUACCAGGAUUAUUAAGAGCUGCUGAGUGCCUUAAAAUAAAAGGUCUAGCAGUACCGGAUGAAGCACCAAAAACCGAGAAAUGUGAAAUGCCUGCCACAGAAGGUGAUCCUGGCCCACCAAGAAAACGUUCAAAAUUAGAUGAAUGUAUAGAUACUUCAUCAUUGCCAGAAUUGGCUAUAAAUGAACCUGAACAUACAGAUUACUCGAAUCAAGAAAAUGGUGAAUCCAUAGAUAUACCGGUUCAACCUUUUGCAGACACUCUGAAUAUUGUGAAAGAAGAAGUAAAGUUUGAAAAUGAGUUUAAUGAAGACAAUACUCUUAAUAAGGGUUUAAUUGUGGCAGAAGACCAAAUAUAUGGUCCAGCAGGAAUUGUAUCUGCCCAUUCACAAGUAACACAGGAACCCUUACGACCUUGGGGUCAACUUGAAACCAGUCUCCAGAAUAGUCCAAGUUUUCCAGUUAGUUUGGCAAACUCUGUCCCUGAUCUUAAUAUGACCGGUGAUCCAGGAAAUACUCGAAUAAAUACCUUAAAGUGUCCUUUUUGUGAAAAGUUAUUCAUCUAUCCUGCUAAACUGGCAAGCCAUGUAAGAACUCACACUGGAGAGAAGCCAUAUGCUUGCCCAUAUUGUCCCUAUCGUGCCACACAGCAAGGCAACCUCAAUCGACAUGUAAAAAUUAGGCAUCAUGUUGAUGAAGGAAACUGAAGUGUGUGUGUGGAUGAAGUGAGACUUUCAGGUUUAAAAACUUUGGACAGUGAGUGAUGGAUUAUGUUUUUGUGUAUAGAAAUACUGUAUACAAUAAUUAUGGAAUCAUUAAAUAAUGUGUAUAACAAAAGUAUGUGGUUGGUGGAUGUACAAACAUGUAUAGCUAUAUUAUUGUAAAUAUUUGUUUAUGCCAUACUGUAUUUCAUAUUGAAGUACAGUUUGUAUUUGAUUUAUUUGAUCUGUUAUAUUUUGUAAUAAUUACUAACUUAUAAAGGGUAAAUGGUAGAAAUUCCUUAAAUUUUUAGUUAAAUGACACUUAAUUUUUUAUUUAGAA